AUGCCCGCUCUUUCUCCGACUAUGACCGAAGGAAACAUUGCCACGUGGAAGGUCAAAGAGGGCGAGAAUUUCAGCGCCGGCGAUGUCCUCCUGGAAAUCGAAACGGAUAAAGCGACCAUGGAUGUGGAGGCCCAGGACGAUGGUAUCAUGAUGAAGAUUAUGGCGCAGGAUGGGGCCAAGGCCGUGCAGGUCGGGACUCGGAUCGCCGUGCUGGCUGAGGCAGGUGACGAUAUCAAGACACUCGAGAUUCCAAAGGACGAGCAGCAGCAGAGCAGCAGCGACUCAGCUGCGGCGCCCAAGCAGGAGGAGGCUAUCCCCGAGAAGAAGACCAAGUCCACGCCAAGAGCGUCGACCGGAGAAACUCACGAGCAAAAGUAUCCCCUGAUGCCGUCGGUCGAACACCUCGUCAAGCAGAAUGGCCUGAGCAAGGACGACGUCAGCAAAAUCACUCCCACGGGUCCAGGCGGGCGCUUGCUUAAGGGCGAUGUGCUAGCCUACCUGGGCAGCAUCAACGCCGACAGCCCUGCCGCCGUGUCGUCACGCCUCGAGAAGCUAUCCCACCUGGACCUGAGCAACAUCAAGGUCGCCGAGAAGAAGGCUGCUCCCGCCGCGCCACAGGAACCCAAGCCUUCCAGGCACGAAGCCCGUCCCCUGGAAAUCAACGUCCCCGUGUCCCUCAGCAAAGUCGUCGAGGUCCAGAAACGCAUCCAGAAGACACUCGGCGUCUUCAUGCCCCUUUCCACAUUCAUCAGCCGUGCUGCCGAAGUCGCCAACGACGAUUUGCCUCCUGCCAAUCGCGCCCCCACUGCCAGCGAACUCUUCGACCAGGUUCUCGGUCUAGACAAGAUCAAGGCAGCCAAGGGAUCCCGCGGCGUCUACCUGCCGCAGAUUUCAGCCGUCCCCCCCAGCACGCUAUUCGAGCCGCCCACACGACCGGCCAAGAAGGCUGACAUUAUAGACGUGCUGACUGCCAAGCCCAAGAAGGCUGCUCGCGAGCAUGGCAUCGCUACUGUUCCAGGAUUUUCCAACGGCCUCAACGUGUUUAGUCUUGUUGUGCCGAGGGAGGAGGAGCAUAGAGCGCAUAUGUUUUUGGAGAGGUGCAAAGCUAUCCUGGAGGAGGAGCCUGGCAGGUUGGUACUGUAG